CUCAAAACAUUUCCUUACAAAAUUUCUUCAUGGCUGCUCAAAACCAUAUCCAAAUUACCAUUCCUAAAGAUCAGGACAACCAAAACCAAGCCCCUGAAGAGGAUUUUGACUACCCCCAAAGGUCACAAUGGCUUCGAGGCGCUGUUUUAGGAGCCAAUGAUGGAGUGAUUUCAACUGCAUGUUUGAUGAUGGUUGUUGGAGCUGUUCAAAAGGACGUCAACGCCAUGAUCCUUACCGGCUUUGUAUGGUUGUUUGUUGGUGCUUGUAGCAUGGCCAUAGGAGAGUUUGUAUCUGUUUACUCUCAUGUACAGCAAGAAGAAGAUGGACACACAAAUCCAUUUCUAGCAGCCAUAGCCUCAGCUGUUGCAUUUUCAUUAGGGGGCAUAAUACCAAUUCUUGCUGCUGGAUUCAUAUCUAACCAUAAGUUGAGGCUAGUUCUGAUUGUGUUUGCAGUUAUCUUGGGCAUUGUUAGCAUUUGGAUGAAUUGGAGCUUUUUUGGGCAGAAUUCCUAUGGUGAAAUCUUGUGCAAAAGUUUCAAUUGGUGGCUGAAUGGCUAUGGCCAUUACCUUCUGGCUGACCAAACUGAUAGGCUCUGGCAUGGGGAUUAUUCAUGGAUAUCAAAGCGUUACAUUAUUAGGAUAGAUAUGGGGGAAGGCAAAGGAAGUUCAAUUAGGAAGAUCUCUGCAGGAACGCAAGUCUUGAUUGUGCACGGAGGUUCAGCCAAAGAAUGCUGCCCACAGCGUAAGGCAGAAAAGAAGAGGAAGUACUACAGAUUCCAAUUAGAUAUGACUGACUACCUGCUGGCCCAGGCCAGGGAAACAAGGCACCAAGUAGACAUACACCAAAACAUCUGCAUCCAGCUAGGACUUUUAACUCUUCAGCUGCACCAGAAAGAAUCAAAAUUUAAUCAGCUACCAAGUAAGAGAUACUGUGAACAUCAGAUCUGA